CUCGAAGUGGAGGAAGGAAGCUGUAGACUUGUCAGAAAGAAUUAAGAUAAAUUUCCAGCUCUGAUCCUCUAGAGGGAGGCAGUGAGGUGAAGAGGAUUCAGAGCCGAGACUGCGGGAGCUGGGAUCGGCACCCGUCUUCACUAUCCCGUCGGUCUGAUAAACCUGGACACCAGAGAGCAGAGGGACGGGACAGAGGAGGAGAGACACCCGACCACCUCUACCAAGAUUGUGCAUCGGCCGAGUCCGCCCAUUGCCCGUACUCAGAAAAUAGUGGCUUUACAAGGAGCAAAAUACAAACUGCUGGAGGAACUCGGCAAGUCGAGCAGCGUCUGUGGGGGAAAAGGGGAUGGUUUACGUUUCGGGUCGAAUCGCCGGGAUUGCAAAGAGAAGAGAGCCAAUGUAAAGAGGUGAUGGGUAGGAGUUGGUAAAGACCUUCGGCCCUGUCAACUGAGCAACAUGUGAAAAGGAUAUUAAUCAUCAUCCAUGGCUUGGUUGAGGAUGAAGCUGUCUGGCUGGGCCUGUGUUGAGAGAUCCUUGGGAUGAUUUAUAUUUGUGCAAUGGGAAACGGUUCUGUGAGAGCGACAAGGCCCAAACAGAACAACUCUCCCCCAGCCCUGACAGAACCCUCCUCGGAGGCCUUGGACAACCUCAGAAGAAAGAUUCUGAUUCUAGAAGAAGAGCUGAGGAGGAAGGAUGAUCAGCUGAGGCAGAAUUCAAAGAAAAUUCAAUCCCUGGAGAAAGAACUGAAAGGAAAACUUUCCCAAAUCGCCAAGCUUCAAGAUGCCAUUGGGUACAACAGCACCUCUGUAUCUACUCCUGUCAACCAACACAAGAAGCUGGUCAGCGUCAUCAACCAAGGGCCAAAACGUUUUGCCCAGGUGGCGACUGAGAUUCACCGACGGCUCAAGGCCAAAGAGGGGGUGUCUGCGGAGCCAACCUCCUGGAAUUAUUACUGCCACGGCGUGCAGAAGUUCUCCAUUGAGCAGCUUCGAGUACGGAAGGACUCCAGUUUAAAGAAACUGAUAACCGAUGCCAUAAUGCACAACGAGUUCCUGAAGAAACUGGAGCCCCAGCAUGUGCGGGAGAUUGUGGAAUGCAUGUACGAGAGGAGCUACCAAGAAACCGAUGUCGUCAUCCAGGAGGGGGAACCGGGAAAUCAUCUCUAUGUUCUGGCAGAUGGGACUUUAGAAGUUAUGCAGAAUGGCAAACUGUUGGGACAGAUGCAUCCCGGGACAGCGUUCGGCGAGCUUGCAAUUCUCUACAAUUGCAAAAGGACUGCUACUGUUAAAGCUGUGACCGAGUCUUGGAUUUGGGUUCUGGAUCGUCAGGUUUUCCAGAGUAUCAUGAUGGAAACAGCACAGGCAAGGAAUAAGAAAUAUCUCAACUUCCUCAGCAGUGUUUCUCUACUGAAAGGCUUGCCCGAAGAGAAAUUAUCCAAGAUUGUUGAUUGUCUUGAAGUUGAUUACUAUGAUAAGGGAGACUAUAUAAUUCGUGAAGGAGAGCAAGGUAGCACCUUCUUCAUCAUUGCAAAAGGAAAGGUCCGUGUGACACAGACAAGAGAGGGAGCUGAAGAACCACAAGAAAUUAAGACAUUAAAGGCAGGGGAAUAUUUUGGAGAGAAAGCUUUAAUAAGUGAGGAUCUUCGUUCUGCAAACAUAGUUGCAGAUGAUGAUGAUACCCAGUGCCUGGUAAUAGAUCGCGAUAUCUUUAACCAGAUGGUUGGCACCUAUGAAGAACUACAGACCUACCUGAAAGAGUAUGUGGAACAGCUGUCCCGCAGUGAUGAGAACAGAAACGCAAUGCUCCUCACAACUGCACAGCAGGUUUCCUCUGAGUCUAUAGAAGUCACGCGACUGAGGGAAAAGGUGGCCAAUUUUUCAGACACAUCCCCUGCCAGACAUUUUGAAGUCAUUGCGACGCUGGGCAUGGGAGGUUUUGGCCGUGUAGAUCUGGUGAAACUGAAGGAUGAAGAUGUCACCUUUGCCCUGAAAUGUAUCAAAAAGAAACACGUUGUGGAUACUCAGCAACAAGAGCACGUCUACUCGGAGAAGAACAUUCUACUUCAGACCAAAUCCCAGUUCAUUGUAAGAUUGUACCGAACUUUUCGAGAUUCCAAGUAUGUGUACCUGCUUCUGGAGGUGUGUCUGGGAGGAGAGCUGUGGAGUGUCCUACGUGACAUGUGUUUCUUUGAUGAACCAACAGCCAAGUUUUGUGUUGGAUGUGUGAUAGAGGCUUUUGAUUACUUGCACAACAGAGGAAUUGUCUACAGGGACCUCAAGCCUGAGAACUUACUGCUGGACGCAAAUGGAUAUGUGAAGAUGGCCGAUUUUGGUUUUGCUAAGCGUAUUGGCCUGGGCAAGAAGACCUGGACAUUCUGUGGAACCCCUGAGUAUGUUGCUCCAGAGAUCAUCAUGAAUAAGGGACAUGACUUUGGGGCAGAUUAUUGGUCUCUUGGAAUCCUGGUCUAUGAGCUUCUGACUGGAAUUCCUCCUUUUACUGGACCUGAUCCAAUUGAAAUUUACAAUAUGAUUUUGAAGGGAAUGGAGAAAGUGGAUUUUCCAAAACAGAUCCCCAAACGACCAGCAGAACUGAUCAGGAGACUGUGCAAGGUUAAUCCAAUGGAGAGACUGGGAAGCAAGAAGAAUGGAAUAAAUGAUAUUCGGAAACAGAAGUGGUUCCAAGGCUUUGACUGGGAGGGUCUUCGAACUCGGAAAAUGAAAUCUUUGCUUAAAAGGGAGUUGAAAGGACCAACAGAUCACAGUUACUUUGACAGCUUCUGUUGUGAACACAAGGAGCCUCCAGAUGAGUUUUCAGGCUGGGAUGAGGACUUCUGAGGAUUGAUCUCCACAAAGUUGAAGAUAAAACAGAAAACUUCAGGAAUCUUGGAGAGUGGAAACAGAUAAUCAUUCCGCAACAAGCUGUCUUCAAACAAUUGGAACCAUCUCAUUUUCAGUCUGAUUGUUACAUCUGGACUGGAUGCACCCUGAUGUUUGGAAGCCUGUGUAACUGUACAGGUCCUAUGAGACAGUGUCCUGUGGUAAUGGAUUUGGAGACAAAUGGGAUUGGUAAUCAAUAUUACAUAUGAGACACUCUCAGUGAAAAUUCUACCAGCAAAGGAAGAAAGCCAUCAGUGUAUUUAGUUGAUCCUUUGGAUAGAUUAAGUGGAAAAAGAUUAUACAUAGCAGCACAGAUCAUGGGACAUGAGGUUGUUAUGUUAUUGUAUUAUCUGUGAAUAGACAACUAACAAGAAUGUUCAGUGACAAAACAGAUCUGUACUGAACUAUAUCUUAAAUGACAGGGAUACACCUUUAACCAUGUGCUAACAGUAAGAAUAUCCAUUGAUGUUCUUCUCCUAUGUAGUUUCAAAGGAACAGAAUCAGAAUGUUCCACAUCCAAUGAUUGGUUUCACUAGCCACAAAGUAUCCGUUAAAUUGUGUACAGUUUUUAUUUCCUGAGGACUGGUUCUCAUUUUAGUUAAUCCAUAGUUAUGCUAUCCGUAAUAUCAUAACUACAAAAUGAUCCCUAACACAGGUGAUUAUUGAUUUUAUUGUAUUAGCAAGCCUAAUCUCCAGCAGUUUAGUAAUUGAACUCCAGGGAAAAUGUCUAUGAUGUAUUGCCCUGUCAAAAGAUCUUUGCUCAUAUUUGCAUUCAAGAAGAGAAGAAAAAAAUGCCAGUACAAUUAUAGAUUUUGGAGAAUAAAAUUUACUGUGAGGUAUAAUAAUGCAGAAUAAAUGUAGUCCCAUAUUUUGCAGCUGCAGCUUUCCUGCUGAUUCUGGAAAAAUGUUCCUAUUGAAAGUGUAGCCUUCUCCCUGUGAAAACUUCUGUUGUCCUGACUUUGGUUGUUAUUGCACAUCAAUUCGAGGAGAUACUGGCUGUCUCAGAUUUCAAACAAGGUACGAAAAAGUACCAAUAUUUUUGUCACUUUUUAAACAUUUUACUGAGUAAAAGCUGAAGAUUGGAGUGUGUACUUCAUCUGAAAUCUUAUAAACAAAAUAGAAACUGAAAAUAAUUUUUGAACUUUUAUAAGAGAUUUCAAAAAGUAAUUAUUCUGAUGGAUUUAGACUCCAUCAAAAUUUAUUUUCCAGUGUCUUAGAGCUGUUAAUUGUAUUUAUCUUCAUCAUCAUCAGGUGCCGUGCCCAGUUUGAGCUUUGACUGCCAAGGCCCACACACUCCUGUUUCAGGUCAAGUGGAUCAAUUCAUUGGUAUUCAUUCCCAUUUCUCUGACUGUUGUCUCCAUCAUCAUUUGUCUUUGCCUUCCUCUUGCUUUCUUCCCUUCAAUCUUUCCCAUAAUUACCAUGCAUUCUAACUCCUCUUUCCUAAUCACAUGUCCAAUGAAGUUACGUUGCCUUUUCAUGAUCUCAUACGUUAUUCCUCUUUUUGUGUUUGCUCUGUUCAUGACAUCCUCGUUAGAUAUUCGUUUCAUCCAUGAUAUUCUUUGCAUCCUCCUCAAAAACCACAUCUCUGCUGCUUCAAUUCAUUUCCUCAUGUUACUAGAUGUUGUCUGACAUCCUGAGCCAUAUAACAUAACUGGAUAAACGUAACAUUUCAAUACUCUGAGGCGGGUUGGCAUGCCUAGUUUAGUAUUGGUCAGUAUACUCUUCAUUCUCGUAAAGGUGUUUUUUGCCAUCCCUAUUCUUCUUUUGAUGUCCAUGCCACACCUGAUGUCACCCAGCUUCCUAAGUAGCAAAAGCUCUGUACUUGUCUUCCCCAUUUAUUCUCAGUCUGCAGAUAGGAUUGUCCUUCUUUUUGGAUAUCACCAUACAUUCUGUCUUUUUUGCAAUUGAUAGAUAGACCCAUUUUUGCACUUUCUUCAACAACUAUAUCAAUUGAGUUUUGUAGAUCUUCCUCUGUACUUGCAAUUAACGCAGUGUCAUCCGCAUAUCUGAAACUAGGCAAAAACAAAACAGAAUUUAAGAAAAACAUUGAAGGUCCAAGUAUUUUAAAAUCUGAAGUUCGUAAUGCAAUAAAUAAGAUGAAGAAAGGAAAGGCAGCGGGUCCCGAUGAAUUAGUAAUAUAACAAAUAAUUGCCCUUGAAGAUUAUGGAAUUGAAAAACUUACUGAUUUAAUCAAUGACAUUUAUGAGACUGGAAUAGUACCAGAGGAGAUGAAAAAAUCAGUAUUUAUCACUCUCCCUAAGAAACCUGGAGCAAUAGAAUGUGAAUUACAUAGGAUCAUAAGUUUAAUGAGUCAUAUCACCAAGAUACUUCUAAGAAUUUUGAUGACAAGAGCUAAAAGCAAGAUACAAGCUGAAAUAGGU